AUGAAUCCCGAGAACACUCACCCUCGUCGCUUCCCAUCUGAGCCGGUCGUCGUAGAGACGCCGACCGGAUGCCUCGUCCCCGUCGCCUCGCCGGCGCUGGACGCCGCCGUCUCCCUCUCUGCUGUAGACGGGAGGUCGCCGUCGCAGUCUCCGGCGCGGCGGCGGAGGAAACGGGAUGAUCGUUCUUCUGCUUCUAUUCAUCCCUCCGGCUCGUCCAUGGAUAUGAUCUGCCGAUUCCAGAGGAUCAUCAGCAUUGUGGAAGCCACGGUGGCCCCCGGGAGGGAUCGCCCCGAGGCCAGGGAGGUCCUGGAUGCCGUUCAGCGACUGAUAUUCACCGUGGGGAAGUUGCGCCUCCACGAGCAGAAGCGUCUGCGGCCGUCCGGCUAUCGGUUCCUCGGCGAGUCGCCGACGCCGGAGAUCUCGGCGGCGUCCGAUCAGGUCCCCUCCGCGCCUCUGCUGCAGGAGAUGAUCGGCUCCCUCGAGCAGAUGCGGCUGUCGGGGCCGAUGGAGAAUUCUGAGGACUACUCCGAUGUCCUGGAUAAGCUCAAUGGAUUACUGCGCACCGAGGAGGACGGCAGAUCAGGCAAGAGCGACGUCUAG